GGUCCAAGCCCUCGGACAGGCAUCCAGUUUACAUCGGUGUACGCCGACGCAGCUGGGGGAAGUGGGUGUCCGAGAUCCGGGAGCCGAAGAAGAAGAACCGGAUAUGGCUCGGUUCCUUUCCGACACCGGAGAUGGCUGCUCGGGCUCACGAUGUUGCUGCUCUCUGCCUUCGAGGAGAGGACGCUCACUUGAAUUUUCCGGAUUCAGUCCACACUUUGCCUCGUCCUGAGCGUUUGUCGCCGAAAUGUAUCCAGGAAGCAGCUACAUCAGCAGCAAUGUCUUUCCAGGAUAGACUUCUUCCAUACACUGCUCCACAGCAGCAGCAGCAGGAACAGGAGGAGCAACCGGACCAAACUGAGCGGCACGAAGAGCAGCAAAACUCCCAGCAGCCGGCUAAAGUCGUCAAGUUGGAAGUUUCUUCUUCUCCAGGUUCUCGCAGUAAACUCUCCUCUGAUCAUCACCGUCACUCAUCUCAAAUCCAAACUGCGGCUUCUGAUGCUACUGCAGCUGCUGCGGGGGCUUCUCCACAGACAUUUGAGUACGUUGACGAGGAUUUCAUCUUCAACAUGCCCACCAUUCUAUCCAGUAUGGCUGAAGCACUGGCCGUUCCACUGCCACCACCACCGCAAGAUGAUCGCGACGACAACGAAGAAAAUGCUGAGGACGGCACCAUCUGGGAUCCAUCUACUUGGGAUCGCUACUCUUGAUUCUGAUUCUUUCUUUCUUUCUUCCUGGAAUCCUCAAGCUGUUUGUUGCAAAACCUGUAUUAACGCUUUGCUUGUAUGUCUUAAACAGCGAGCUUUCCAUCUGUUAAGACGAUUUGGUACUGCUGUUACUGGCCAUGCUGCAGUGCUGCAAGUGGCAAACAAGAUAAAUCAUCCAGCUGAUCUUGUUUUAUAUGCCGCCUUCAAGGAUUUGGAGAUCAAGCGCAAAAGUAAAUUAAGUGUGCUAGUCGUCAAUGAUCGCGACAUUCCAAGUUUCUUCCUCUCUAAACCCGUUCACAAUCCUUGGCAUUCCACACCUUCAGUUUUCCAAACAUCAUCUAACAAAUAUAAAUAAAAUGAAAAGCAGUACCUUGGUUAUGA